AUGGCCACGGCGGCCUCUAACCCCUACCUGCCGGGGAACAGCCUGCUGGCGGCCGGCUCCAUCGUCCACUCGGACGCGGCGGGGGCCGGUGGCGGCGGCGGCGGGGGCGGCGGAGGCGGAGGCGGCGGCGGGGCGGGCGGCGGCGGCGGCGGCAUGCCGCCCGGCAGCGCCGCCGUGACCUCGGGUGCCUACCGGGGGGACCCGGCCUCCGUCAAGAUGGUGCAGAGCGACUUCAUGCAGGGGGCCAUGGCCGCCAGCAACGGCGGCCAUAUGCUGAGCCACGCGCACCAGUGGGUGACGGCCCUGCCCCACGCCGCCGCCGCCGCCGCGGCCGCCGCCGCCGCCGCCGUGGAGGCGAGCUCGCCGUGGUCCGGCAGCGCCGUGGGAAUGGCCGGCAGCCCCCAGCAGCCGCCGCCGCCGCCGCCGCCGCCGCCGCCGCAGGGCCCCGACGUGAAGGGCGGCGCGGGGCGCGACGACCUGCACGCGGGCACCGCGCUGCACCACCGCGGGCCGCCGCACCUCGGGCCGCCGCCGCCGCCGCCGCCGCCGCACCAGGGCCACCCCGGGGGCUGGGGGGCCGCCGCCGCCGCCGCCGCCGCUGCCGCCGCCGCCGCCGCCGCCGCGCACCUCCCGUCCAUGGCCGGGGGACAGCAGCCGCCACCGCAGAGCCUGCUCUACUCGCAGCCCGGGGGCUUCACGGUGAACGGCAUGCUGAGCGCGCCCCCGGGGCCGGGCGGUGGCGGCGGCGGCGGCGCGGGCGGCGGCGCCCAGAGCCUGGUGCACCCGGGCCUGGUGCGCGGGGACACUCCCGACCUGGCCGAGCACCACCAUCACCACCACCACCACGCGCACGCGCACCCGCCGCACCCGCACCACGCGCAGGGACCCCCGCACCACGGCGGCGGCGGCGGCGGCGGCGCGGGGCCCGGACUCAACAGCCACGACCCGCACUCGGACGAGGACACGCCGACGUCCGACGACCUGGAGCAGUUCGCCAAGCAGUUCAAGCAGCGGCGCAUCAAGCUGGGCUUCACGCAGGCCGACGUGGGCCUGGCGUUGGGCACCCUAUACGGCAACGUGUUCUCGCAGACCACCAUCUGCCGCUUCGAGGCCCUGCAGCUGAGCUUCAAAAACAUGUGCAAGCUGAAGCCGCUGCUGAACAAGUGGCUGGAGGAGGCGGACUCGAGCACCGGCAGCCCCACGAGCAUCGACAAGAUCGCGGCGCAGGGCCGCAAGCGCAAGAAGCGGACCUCCAUCGAGGUGAGCGUCAAGGGCGCGCUCGAGAGCCACUUCCUCAAGUGCCCCAAGCCCUCUGCGCAGGAGAUCACCAACCUGGCCGACAGCCUGCAGCUCGAGAAGGAGGUGGUGCGGGUCUGGUUCUGCAACCGGCGCCAGAAGGAGAAGCGCAUGACGCCGCCCGGGAUCCAGCAGCAGACGCCUGACGACGUCUACUCGCAGGUGGGCACCGUGAGCGCCGACACGCCGCCGCCGCACCACGGGCUGCAGACAAGCGUGCAGUGA